UUACUUAUUUCAAUUCAUUUAACAUUUCUCUGAAACCACAAUUUUACCGCGAAAUUAUUUUUUAAUAUAUAAUUUACAUGGUAGUUUUACUUAACUCAUCCAUAUCUCUGCCUCAUUGCAUCUAACGUGAUAAGCUUAUCGAGACAAUCGUUUUUAUUGAUUUUUCAUAUAAAUUUAAUACAAGAUAUUCGCCUGUCACGAGGAAGAACGUGUCUGGGAGGUCUAGUGCAGAUGAACCACGAUGGCGAGUGGCGGGCGGUGUGCGACGACGGAUUUGGCGAGCGGGAGGCGACUGUCGUCUUCCGGAUUCUGGGCUUCAAUGCGGGUAUCGGCAAGGUAAAAAGCGGAUUCGGCGUAGGGGACGGACUCUUUUGGUUGGACGAUGUAAGUUGCUAUGGGAACGAGACCAACAUUAUGCAGUGCCAGUCCCGACCCCUCGGGGAGAACAAUUGCGACUACUAUUAGGCGGUGGGCGUGGCAUGUCCGGGCAAUCCGAAGAUCGACUGUGCGCAAACACCCUGCAUGUCUAGCGUCAACUGUUCCUUCGACGAGAACGACUGUUGCUAUGGCUUCGCUGACCCCUCGGUCACGGGGGUAGGGGCAGUCCCGUGGGUGUGGAAGGACCAUCCCAAAGGGGCGGGUCGACUUGUAUCCUACUUCAACCCCUACGGCGGGCCACGUAACUACGCAGUCCUGACCACGCCCUCAUUACCACGAAGUGAUCCCCUCGUCCGGCUUCAGUUCAGGGUGCAGCUUGAAAGUUUGUGCCAGUAUAUGUUAUUAGUGCGGGGCCGAUGUCGUGCAGUGUGCCUGUAUAUGUUAUUAGUGCGGGGCCGAUGUCGUGCAGUGUGCCUGUAUAUGUUAUUAGUGCGGGGCCGAUGUCGUGCAGUGUGCCUGUAUAUGUUAUUAGUGCGGGGCCGAUGUCGUGCAGUGUGCCUGUAUAUGUUAUUAGUGCGGGGCCGAUGUCGUGCAGUGUGCCUGUAUAUGUUAUUAGUGCGGGGCCGAUGUCGUGCAGUGUGUCUGUAUAUGUUAUUAGUGCGGGGCCGAUGUCGUGCAGUGUGCCUGUAUAUGUUAUUAGUGCGGGGCCGAUGUCGUGCAGUGUGCCUGUAUAUGUUAUUAGUGCGGGGCCGAUGUCGUGCAGUGUGCCUGUAUAUGUUAUUAGUGCGGGGCCGAUGUCGUGCAUCGCGAGGAGGGAGAACAUGUGAAGGAACUGAAAACGCUGUUGUUCUGUUUUCGGGUUUUUAAUAACAAAACAACAGCGACCAAAAUGCAUUCAACAAAAAACAAAAUGAAGCUCAUUCUUCGGACAUGUAAUGUGCCAGCAUGCUACACUCUUGUUUUGUGUAACAAUAUACAAGAUAUAUUAUUGUUCACAUGGAACUAAUAAUCCUAUUCUUAAU